GGAGGGCCUGGAGGAGGAAGGCCUGGGCGUCGGCCCCAGGGGGAGGAGGGCCUGUGGCGUGGAGGGGGGCCUUGAGGAGGAGGGCCCGAGGCGGGCCCAAGGAGGUACAGGCUUUAGGGAGCAGGAAGGCCUGGAAGGCUCAGCACGGCCCAGCUGGCUCCAGAGGGGAGGGGCGCUGUCUCCCUGUUCAUGGUGGUGAGGCUCCAUCCACACUGUGCAGGGGCUCCAUCUGAGGUCCCAGGGAUCUGCUGAUGGGCUUGUGUCCUGCUCCUUCCAGCUCAGCCCCCAUCCCAGCAUGCCCUCUAGCCUGGCUCUCAGUGGUGGUGGGGGGCCGUGUGAGCCUGGAGACCCUAGUCUGCAGCAGUGGGCUGGUCAAGGUCCCAUCCCACUUCCCACUGGAGCAAACGGCCACAUGGGGGUCUCCCAGAUCUAGAAGCCAGAAGAUCAAGCUGUGGGCCUCAGAGACUCUGGGGAGGGUCCUUCUUGCCUCUCCCAGGUGCUGGUGCCCCAGGCAGUUUUGGGCUUCUGGGCACUGCACCCCAAUCUCCACUUCUGUCUCUUUCUCUUCUUUCCCUUUCGGACACCUGUCAUGGGACGUGGGACGUGGGACCCACCAGACUACGCAGGAUGCUCUCGUCUUGGGAUUGAUAAUCAAGGCUGCAAAGACCCCACCUCCAAAUAAGUUCAUAGCCUGAGGUUAAGGACCCUGUGGCCCCUUUCCUGGAAGAUUGCCUCCCUGCAGCCUCAGUUUUUAUCUGUGGCCCCAGACCCCCCAGGAGAGGGGUUGCCACAGAGGAAUGUGGGAUUAUCUGCCUAAGCCUGGUGCUGGAGCAGAGGGUUGUGGCACCUCCUCUCUGUCCCAUGGACACUGCCACUAAGAAGGUAAGGGGCAGCUCCUGGUGCCAGACCUUCCUCCAGGCUGAAGAUGGGGCCCCUCAGCUGGCCACUGGGUUCUGUGGUGAGGGAUGGGGAGGGUGCAGGGUGGAGGGAACCUGGGGGGCCCAUGGGGGCGGUUCCUCCUCACUGCACAGGGUGGAAACUAGGGCCUCCUGCCAAACACUGAUACUGAGGUACGGGCAGGGGCUCAGGCCUGGGUGGGCAGGGGCUGCAAGUGGCCCAGGCCAGGGAGCAAGAGGGAGGACAGGGCUUGUGGGGCAGGAUGGGCUGCACAGGCCACUGUGCACUGCCUUGCACCAGGACUUACCCUCCUCUGGCCUGGGGUGCACAGCCACCUGCCAGGAGCCCUCUCUGGACACCUGGGUCUCCCCUCUGUCCUGGGCUCCGUGUACGGUGGAUAUGCUCUGUGCAUCUGGCCUGUGUCUGCAUGUGUACGUGUGUGUGUGUGUGUGGGUAGGCUGUGUCCAUGCAUCUGUCUGUGCAUGGGUGUGUAUGUGUGCCUGUGUGUCUGUUCACACGUGUGUGUCCACACGUGUGUAUGUGUGUAUCUGGGUUAUGUGUGUGUGGGCGUGUGUGAGCACCAUGAAGAUGAAGUGCUGGGCUGUCACUCUCCUCCUUUUUAGCCACCCACCUUGCCUGCUGAGCGGCCACUGGGGCCUUUCCCGCCCCAUCUCUAGCCUCCUCCAGCUGAUGAGCUCCUGCUGGUCCUGCCUAGAGCCUGAGGUAGAGGGCCUGCCCAGUGUGACUGCAGCAGCCAGGUGGGUAGAGACACCGCAGGGGCUGCGAGGUACUUCCUGCCCUCCUGGGGCAGGCAGGAAGCCUGGGAACUUCCAGAAUUCAGGGCAUCCCUGUGGCUUGCUGGCAGGGCCACCUGGGGUGAGGAGGGCAAAGCAGAGGAGCCCCACAGGACUCAGGGCUCCGGCUGGGAGGCUGCUCAAAGCCACUUCCAGCCCACUGGCCCUGGUGCCAUUCACAGGUGGGGAGACAGCUCAGGACACACAGGUGGCCACAGGCAAGUCGGGCGGCAGCCCAGCCUGGCCCUAUGGGGCAGGGUAGGCGCGGGAGGCAGGAGAUGGCUGGGGGAUUAGGUAAGAAGGCACGGUUAGGUAAUGUCUCGGAUGGGAAAGGUAUCCAGCUGGAUCCUGCCUGCUUUCCAUGCUGACUUCAGAGACAGGAUGAGGUGGAAAAGUGGAUGGAGGAGAAGGAAGAGUGAGGAAGACAAGAAGCAGGAGGAGGGGAAGGAGGGAGGAGGCAGAGGAGGAGGGAGGAGCAGGAGGGGGAGGAGGAGGAAGAGGAGAGAGGAAGGAAGAGGAGAGGGAGGAGAGAGAGGGGAGGAGAGGGAGGGUGGAAAGGCAAGCUAGUACCUGGACAGGCCACAGCAGGGCCCCAGGUCACCUCACUGUGGGAACUGGGGAGGGGGCCCCGGGACCACUGGGACCAUGGGAGGCAAUGCUUGCUGCCAGUGGGGCCAGGCCAGGCUGCACAAAGCAGGUGCUCCAGGAGCAGUCCCUGAGGAAUGGGAGAAGGAAGGCACCAGGAGGACUGAGAGCCCAGCGCACAGAGGGACUGGAAGCUUGGAGGUGGUGAGCAGGCAGUGGUCACCCUGACCCCAUCCCAGGGGGCACACAGCCCCAGCAGGGCCCUGUUCUGGGGGGGGGGGUCCCUGAGUCCAUGGCCUGAGCGAACUCCACCCUCCUGAGACGGCCUCCAGCAUGAUGGGCUGAUGUGCUAGUGCCCUGGACGUCCUGCGGCUCGGCCUCCUCCAUCUGCUGCCUCCACCCCACCUGGGCUGCCCCUGCCCCUCCCCCUGCCUGGCUGCUGUGCUCCAUCUGGAAGCAGCCCUGCCCUCUGAGACCCUCCCCACUCACUGCCCAGGGGUUUCUCUCCUGGGAUGGGACCCCAUCAGCCCACUGUACAGCACAGAGGUCAUGGGGUGACACCCAGGCAGGACAGACACUGGGCAGAGCAGGGAUGGGACAGUGUGCCUGGGGACCUCUGCUGCCUGAGCUCCUAGGCAGAAGGAGACAUCAGCCUGGGCACAGGUGUUCUGGUUCUGCACGAUCUUGGCUCUGCCUGGCACCUGGGCCUUGGUUUCCCUACGCAUACCUUGGAGGUGAGGCUGGUGAGGCUGAUGGUCAUGGCUGCUUCAUGACAGCCUGGGAUUCUGCAUUGGGCCAGGCCCAGAGGCCAAGUGUGAGGUGGAGCUGUGGGCUCAGGGUCACCUUCGUGUCCUGGACCAGCAUUGCCCCUUGGACAGAGUGGAGGAGGGGGUCUAGCAAGUUGCCAUGGAAACAAGACCAAACAAAUAGUUCCCCCCCCACACCCCCCCACAACAGGCCUGCAGGGCCCCCGUGGCAAUGACCUCAUCUGCCCACCAACUCUGUGCUGUGGGGGGUCCUGGGCUGGCAGGGGAGCUGCAGCAUCCCAUGUUUGUGUUGGGCCCUUGUCCAUGGAAACGGCUGGAAUUGGGGGGGGGUGGUGGUGUGCAGAGCCCAGAGGCUCCUGCUGUGGUUAUU